AUGCCGCCGAUGCAUCCGCCGCCUUCCAAGGCGGGCGCGGACGCCGUGAGCGACCGGCGGAAGCAGCUCGAGGAGUGGAAGAAGAAGAAAGCCGCGCAUCGCUCGUCCUUGGGCGGCGGCGCGGCGUCCUCCGUCGCGUCCGCCCGACGCGGUUCGCUCGCGAGCGCGGGGACGAACGGCGUCUCCUCCGCGUUCUCGUCCCGGGUCUCGUCCGCGACGACGCGGACGCCGCCGUCGGUGACGCGCGCGCGCGGGUCUCCUCUCGCGUCCGCGUCGUCGAGAGCGACGCCGACGUCGACUUCCGCGUUCGGGCGCGCGUCGCACGCGAACCCGUCCGCGGCGAAGAAGCCUCGGAGCGCGGUGAAGACAUCCUCCGCGGUUCCGUCGUCCGUCAGACGCGAAUCUGUCGUCCGUCGCGAGACGACGACGCAUCAGACGCCGUCGCCGCCGUCUCGGUACGUCUCCAACGUGGACGACAACGAGAACACGCCGCCGCAGGCGCUCGCGGCGCCGCACCACGGCUCGCCGAUCAUCUCCAAGGACAUCGUUCCGUCCCCGGAGGCGGUGAGCGCUUUCAUGGCGUCGUUGAGAGCGGCGGGGCCGGCGAUUCACAGCCCGGGGGUGCCGUCGAGGGCGUUCACCGCCGGCGCGCGCGUCGUGGCCUCGACGACGACGACGACGACGACGACGACGUCUCGUUUCGUGGGGUCCGGGGGCGGGAGUUCGAUCGUGAUGGCCACGCCCGCGAGCGGCGUGAGCAGGCACUCCCCGCCGCCGCCGGCGGCGGCGGCGGCGCCGACGCGCGCGUCCCCGGCUGUCGUCGCCGCCGCGCCCGCAGCGCCCGUCGUCGACAUGAGCGCGGAGGCGAAAGCGCUCAGAGACGCGAAGCUGUUUGCGGAGAUCCGCGCGAACGAGCUCGAGAAGCGUUUACACAGCGCGGAGAAGAAGCGCGCGACGCUGCAGUCGGACAUGACGACGAUCGGCGUGGAGAUGAACGCGUUGCGGGCAGUCGGGGAAAACGCGAAGUCGCAGUUGCGCAGAGAAAAAGAAGCCGCCGCCGCGGCGACCGCGGCGCUCGAGCGCGUGCAGAUGGAAGGCACGCGCGCGCUCCAGGAGCGCGAGUUCACGAUCGAAGCGCAGGCGGGGAUGCUGCAGCAACUCUCCGCGGAUCUCGAAAGAGCGGAGAAGUGCCGGGAGGAGGCAGAACGCACGCGCGCGGAAACGUCGGAGAACGUUUUGAAACUUCAGGCGGAUUUCGACGCGUGCGCGCAGGAGCUCGCGAUGAAGCAGCACCACCUGCAUCAGAUGCAGAGCGGCGGGGAUAUCAUGGGGAGAGCGUCUCUCAGCGGGGGAGCCUCGUCGUCGCGGUUGUCGUUGGGCGGCGACCGGCGAACGUCGUUGAACGGUCGGUCGUCGUUGGGCGGCGACCGGCGAACGUCCGGCGCCUCCGCGGACGACGUUCGCGCCGCGGAGAGCGUCGCGCGGCAGUCCCAGGAACGCCUUCUCGAGCUCGUCGCGGCACGCCACGCCGCGGAGCGCGAGGCGAAAGAAGCGAGAGAGAUGGCGGCGCGGUGGGAGUUUGAAGUCGGCGAGCGAAGGGCGGAGAUGGAGGUGGCGCAAGGCGAGCUCGAGGCGUCGCUGGAGUUGGAACGCGUCGAGCGACGCAAGGCUGAGGAGGAGUACGCGAAAGCGCGCGACGAGCGCGACGUGUUAGAGCGCCUGGUGGAACAGCGCGCGGAGGAGAUCGGGUCGCUCGAGGAGAAACUUCAAGACGCGACGAACGCGGCGGCGACGCUCAAGGCGGACUGCGAAGAGCGAGACGCGCUUUUACGCGAUGGCGCGGCGAUGCUCGAGGCGAAAGAACACGAGCUCGACGAGGCCGCGACGUACGCGCUGCAGUUGCAGCAGCAGCUCGAGCAGCUCGAAGUCGAGCGCGCGGAGGAAGAGGCGAAGAUGCAAGCGCUCAAGGCGAAGUAUCCGCGAACGCCGAUGAAGUCCACGCCGUCGCCGGAGAGGGAGCAACGCGAGGCGCUCGUGAGGAAGCUCCAGGCGGAGAACGAAGCCGCCGUCGCCGCCUUCGCGGAGGAGCGCGAGAAGCUCCAAAACGAGCUCAAGAUGCGAGAUUUCUCGCUGUCGCAGGCCGCGGCACAGCUCGCGGCGAAGGAGAAGGAGCGGACGCACAUCACGAACGAGCUCGCCGCGCGAGGAACCGCGCUGUCGCCGUUACAAGGCGAGCUCGACCAAUCGCGAGCGGCGUUGGCGUCGAUGCGCGAAGAAAUCGACGCGAGAGAUAACCAGCUGUCGCAGACGAUGUCCGCGCUCAGAAAAGCGAUGUCCGCGGAGAAGAGGCAGACCGAGGCGGUAAAGCGCCUCGAGAUGUCGUUGAAAGAACGCGAGGCGAUGGUUCGUAACAUGGACGAGCAGCUGCGGGCGGCGGCGACGGUCGCGCUCGAGUCCGCGGCGUCGAACGCGAACCAAAAGCGGGAACUCACCGGCAAGCUCACGGACACGGAGACGGCGCUGAUGCAGCUCCAAGCGACGCUUUUGAAGCAAACGCACGAUAACGAACGAACGGUGAAGAACGUGGAGAACGAGAAGCGCGCGGCGGUCGAGCGCGCGGAAUCGCUAGAGCUCCAGAUCGAUCGAGAGAUGGAACGCUUGAACAAAUUGGCGGAUGAGAAAAUCGCAGCCGAGCGCGCGUGCGAGCUCGAACGCGAACGCCGCGUCGAAUUCAUCGCGCAAUCGGAAGAGAGCGCCGCGCAGAGGGACGCGCAGAUCAUCGAGCGCGAGGCUGAGCUCGAGGGAAAGAUGCUGCGCGUCCAAGCGCAGGCGGAAGCCGCGGUCGAGGAGGCGCAGAUGAAAGUCGCAAAGGCGAAAUCAGACGCGGAGUUUAUGAUCGAAGAGACGAAAGCCGAGCUCGCGGCCGCGCAGGACGAGCUUCAGUCGCAGAAAGAAGAGCUCGCGGCGCUGCACGACGUGCUCGCGCAGGGCGAGAUGCGAAAAAACGAGCAGCUCGAGUCAGACGUCAAGCUCGCGAGGAAGCAAUACGUCGAAGCGGAGGCGAGAACAGCGGAGGUGAGAGCGGCGUUGCGCGAGACGCAAGGCCGGUGCGUGCAGCUCGAGGCGAAGUUGAAAGCCGCGUACGCGGAGGUUGAAGCGGAGCGAGCGGAUAAGAAGCAGAAGCUCGCGCAGGCGGCGCAGCUCUCGAUGCGGCGCGAGAACGAAGCGAAAGCCGCGCACGCGUCGCUCGGCACGAAGCUGAAGGCGGCGGAAGCCGCCGCCGCGGACGGCGCCAAGGAGGUCGACCGUCUGUCCGGGGAAAUCUCCAAGCUCCGCGGCGAGGUCGAGUCGCAAAAGGCGCUGUUCAACGACUCCGAGGCGGACAUGAAGAAGCUCGUGGACGGUUUAAACGCCGCGGACGACGCGCUCGCGGAGGCGAAACAAGAAGCGCAGGAAGCGAAAGAGAAGGCGAAAGAGACGGAAACCGAGAGCCUCUUUUUCCUCGGCGAGAUGCAAGUCGCCGUGAGCGAGGCGGAGAAGAAGAUCACGACGCUGUCCAAGACGGUCACAUCGCGGGAUAUGAAACUCGCGCAGAUGACCGCGGAGGUAAAAGCGCUCAAAGCCGCGGUUCGACAGCGCGAGGAGAAGCUCGAGGCUGCGGACGCGUCGCACGCGAAGACGAUGGAGGACGCGGUGACGAGUUUGAAGCGCGCGCACGCGGAGGAGCUCGCCGCGGCGAAGGGCGAGGUCGAGGGACUUUCGAACAUGCUAGAGAUGGAGAACGACCAGCUCCGGCAGAACCUGGACGAGAAACGGGCUAAACUAUCGCGACUCCAAGCGGACCUGGGGAACGCGAUGGAGAAGAACAAGAUGUUCAUGGAGCGCUGCGAACGCGCGAGGGCGGCGCAGACGAUCGCGGAGGAAACCGCCGCGGAGGCGGAGCGUCGACGCGAGGAAGUUGUCUUCAUGCUCAGACGCGCGGAGGAGGUGCACACGCAAAACGUGAACGCGACGGAGAAGGUACACAAGCUCCAGGUCGAAGAGCUCGAAGACGCGGUCACGAAGGAGAAGGCGCGAGCCAACGCGUUGGGACGGGCGAUGUGGGAGCGCGGGAUGCGGCCGCGCGAUUUAGACGCGGACGCCGCGGCGGCGUUGGAGGACGCCGUCGGCGGCGUAGAUCUCGCCGCCGCGGCUACGACGCCGGCGCAGACGCGCCUCAAGGAGAUGACCGCUGCCGCGGGGCAGAUCAGCUUCUCGAAGCUUCGCGCGAGCGUCGAGGCGAAGCAGGCGGCGAUUCGACGACGGUCGUCCAUGGGUCUCGACCCGGAGGCGGCGGCGUCCCCCGAGCUCGGAAACUUACGCAAGACCCUGGCGCUCGCGGCGAGCUCGGUGAAGAAAAGCACCGCAAACGGUCUGGACUGGCAGUCCGUCGCGAAAUCGGCCGCGCCGAUGCCGGUGACGACGACGCCGCCGAUGCACGACAAGGAGAACAGUAACAUGGUCACGCCGAGGGUGACGCGGAUGACGCGCGCGAGGCUCAACGCGAACAAGCCCGCGUCGCACAUCGUCGACGCGGAGAACGAACCGGCCGCGAACGUCCCGGCGUCCGCGGCGAAGACGGUCGUGAAGGCGUCCCGGGACUCGAGGACGCCGGAGGAUAAGGUGAAACCGCGCGCGAACGGCAGCAGCGGGAGCUACGAAAGGACGGGGUUGAAGAGCGCGAGGAUGGCGACGCGGCGAAAAGCGCUCCGCGCGUUGCAGAAGAGGAACAGCGGCGCCGGGUUAUCGGGGUAG